CUUACCCUCUUGCGCAAUGGAAAGCUAUCCGAUUGAUGGACGCGGUGGUUCCUCAUGUCUACGUACAAGCACUGGUGAGGGGCACGGCACUCCUACCCUGUGACCUGACACCAAGCCUCAAGAACGACUCGAUACUACUUGUGGUGUGGUAUAAAGAUGAUCAUACGCCGAUUUAUAGGUAAG